UCCAGUUAUUUUCUGAAAUAAAUUUCAAAUAAAAAAUUGUUAGUUUGUUAGCAUUUUUAGGUGAUAAAAUUAAUUUUUUGACUGUAAUGUCGAUUCACUGUUGACCAAAUCAAUUCCGACGUUUUGUUCCAAGGUUUUAAAUCCCCACUCGUUCCUUGUACGGAGAAACGUGUGUACGGUCGUACCUAAGAAACGUGUGUAUGAAGUAAGUUGUGAUCAGUGGUCAGCACUCAGCUACUUCCGCACCUUCAAGCCGGCGACAUCAAGAACAAGUUGUGAAGUAAUAAAUGUGAACACUUAACAGAUGCCGGCUGGAAAGUUGUCGAACCAUUAGCGUUUCAGCGCUGAUAUUUGAUAUCCCCAUCUUGGCUGAAUGAUGGGGCAAUUUUAAACGGAAGAAUACUAAUUUUGGCUUUAAUUUAUUUAUAGAUACUCUGAAAAUAAUUUUAGAUUAUGGCAAAGCAUUUAGUACAAGCUGCCCUUGCUGCUGUACAAGUUGUUGGAAGAGCUUUUGUGAAGGCUGUCCGUCAAGAAAUUGCAGCAUCUCAGGCUGCUGCUGCUCGUCAUGGCGGAGGCAGACAGGGAGCUGAGCACUCCGCCACCAAUUCUAAGCUUGGCAUGACACUAGAUGAAGCUAAACAAAUACUAAAUGUUAAGGAACUCUCUAAAGAACAAGUUCAAAAAAAUUAUGAAUACCUCUUCAACAUCAAUGAUAAAGCCAAAGGUGGAUCUUUAUAUCUUCAAAGUAAGAUUAUUGGACGAGGGCUCUGGAGCUUAGACCGCACGACGGCACCUCUCGUUCUUCAGUUACUGGACACAUCUUCCGCUCAACAUGUCCCUGCUGCUAACUUCACCUCUUGUGUCGCAUCGUCUCUUGCAGCCCUACAAGCAGCUUCUCCUCAGUCCAAUGAUUCUGCCUCCUUAGCCCUCAAUAUGUCAACAUUGUACCACGGCCGUUGCUUCACUGAUACACAGAGCAUCAGUCAUGUUGAGAAGGCGUUGCCAAAAUGUCUUUUUUCUACUAGUCAACUUUCUCCUGGACUAACUUUUGACACGGUUUUAUCCGAGAGCAACAAACAGCGUUAUAUUGAAAAGAUAGCAAAAGCUAUUCCGCCAAGAGCAAGACAGAAAAUGGACGAAGUUUCAGCUGGUUUCAACACAAGCGAUCAAAAGAAAAGAGAUUUACGUCAAAGUGCUGUUCUUAUUGCUCUGUGUCACGUUGCUGGGGAGCUGUCAUUGCUCUACACUGUGAGAUCAAAUAGUUUGAUUAAUCACGGAGGAGAGGUGAGCUUUCCUGGUGGUAUGAUGGAUGAGUGUGAUGGAAAUGACCUCGUCAAGACGGCUCUCAGAGAAGCUCAUGAAGAAAUAGGGAUCGACUCCUCUAAAAUAGACAUAUGGGGGCCAACCCCGCUUGUGCCUCGUCGAAGAAAUGAGGGAGAUGUGUUAGGGGUCUUGGGUUACCUUGGACAUAUCGACCUUAAUCGUCUUGUGCUCAGCAAGGAUGAAGUGAGCAAAGUGUUCGCAGUGUCCCUCAAGCAUCUCUGUAGUCCUGAAAAUUUUGGACAGACUCAGUUUCGAGCUCCUUCGAUGUACGGCAGUGGCUAUGCUCUUCCUGUGUUCUUCACUAAGGAUGCUAAAGUGUGGGGUCUCACCGCCAUGUUCACGCACAUGACCCUCAAAGUCUUGCUGCCUGGACUCUAUAAACAUGAACUUAGAUACAUUCGCCAGCUAUGAGCUCUAGACGCUCCUGAAAAGCAUGCCGUUCAUAUCUGUUAUCUGAUCGCGUAAUCGGAAUAAUUUAUUUUAUCCAAUCUUCAUGAUUUCGGGCAGAUUAAAAGCGUGAUCUGCGAAUGUUACCUCAGUUGCUCUCUUUCAAUAUUUAAUGUUUUAUUUAAAUGUUAAAUACUAAUCAUUGUGUUCCGGGACAGUUGAAAGCGACGACUACAAUUUUAAUGUUUUGUGUAAAAUUGCAACUGAAAUUACUAAUUAUGCAAUUUCUUAGUGCCCUAAAGGCUGCGAAGUAGAGUACUUAUUUAGGUUGCAUUCAUGUUCUGGAGAUGCAUUGCAUCAAAAUAAUCUAUCACUGCAGUAGAAGAACUUUGUGCGUAAAUUGAAUACCAAAUUGCUACCGUGUUAUCCGUAGUCAGCAAUGCGUGCGAACGACCGCACUUGUCAAAAUGCUUUCUUUCAGCCUGUACAGCAUUAAAUCAUGCUGGGAUUGUCUGAGAGAGAUAAUAGGAAUCGGUUAUAAUUCGAGUCGUAUUUUAUUUUUAUCUUAACCAUAUUUUAUUUAAUAGUUUCUGCU